CGGUCUGUGUAUCGGCGCGCUCCGCGGUGCUGCGUUCGAACCGCCCGGAAUGACUUGCCUAGACUAGCCCCGCGCCCGCCAUCCACCGCUCUUUGCCGCCAUCAUCGUCGCGUCCAUUACCAGUGCCAACUAUUCUAUCAGCUGUUUGUGUAAUUUAGAAACAUCAACAAAGAGCUUAAUUUGUGUUUACAGUUGUUCCAUGAACCGCUUCCGCCGCUACUCCUUCCGUCUCGGGUUGCUGGCUGCAGACAUUCCUUGGCCGGAUACCGGACCCUGCCCAAGAAUGCGGACCAGACGAGUGCGCUGAUGGUUUAUGUGUGUAUAAUCAUUGACAUACAUGAUGGCUGCGGAAGGAAAUUAUGGCAAUUUGCAGUUCACUUUGAGUAACGGGGUCAAGAUGCCAGCUGUAGGAUUAGGAACAUAUCGCAUUCGGAACAAUGAAGUACUUUAUAAGGCUGUUGACUGUGCUUUAGAAGCUGGAUAUCGAUUAUUUGACACAGCCGCUGUUUAUCAUAAUGAACAGUACCUAGGAAAUGCAUUGCGUGAAUUAUUGCCAAAAUAUGGACUCACUCGUCAAGACAUAUAUAUCACAACUAAAUUAUCCCCUUCUGACCUCGGAGGUAGUAACGUCGCAAAAGCCUUUAACACAUCCUUAGAGAAUUUAAGCCUGGACUAUAUAGAUUUGUAUCUGAUCCAUUUCCCGGGUGCUUCCAAGAUCCCCGCACAAAGUUCCAAGAAUGCAGAAUUACGCAUCGAAACGUGGAACGAAAUCACCAAGCUUUAUGACCAGGGUAAGGUCAAGGCGAUUGGCGUUUCGAAUUUCACAGUCAGACAUUUAACAGAAUUGGCUAAAGCUACGGCUGUGGAACCUAUGUUGAAUCAGGUUGAAUGGCACCCUCAUUACUAUCAACCAGAAUUGCUGCAGUACUGUAACGAUCAUAAAAUACGUCUUCAGGCUUACUGCUCUUUUGGCGGUUUGGCGAUAAGUAACAGUUCUUUGAUGGAAGAUCCUGUGGUGGUAGACAUUGCUCAGAAAUAUAACGCUACUUCUGCCCAAAUCCUGCUUGAGUGGGCUCUGCAUCAAGGCAUAGCAGUUAUUCCCAAAUCCACAACAGAACACAGGAUUAAAGAAAAUAUACAGCUCAAUUUUAAACUAACAACAGAAGAUAUUUCACAAAUCAAUACACUCGGUUCUAUUAAUUGCAAAUAUUCUUGGGACCCUACCCCUAUCGCUUGAAACGUUAUGUGAUUAUGUGACUUUUAAAUGUAAAAUUUAUCAUUUGCUCAUUUAUUUACUUUAUGAAAAUUUAUUAAUUUUAUUAUCAUACUUCGGAAUUAAAAGCAGAAUUGUCGCUUAUAUUAUAAAAAUUAAGCUUAAUUUGCUAUAGUCCGCGAACAGCAGGAGAAUCUGUAUGGUGUAAUUUAUAAUUUCUUCAAUCCGUAUACUCCACACCAAACAGAUCCUCGGCAAUGCAGGGUGCAUUUACGAGAUAAUUUCCAAGAUCACUUAACAAUUAUUCAUUGUAAAGUCAACAUCUCCUGAGGAUGCUCCGGUUUUGGA